UUCACACCCAUACCGUUGAGGAGUGGUCAGCAAAAGAGGGCGUCAGGAUUCCAGGCCGAUUUGGUCUGCCUUACGCCCUGGGUGGAGGGUGAACCGCCUGGGGUCAUUACAGCGCUCUCCAUCAACUCCUCUUAUGGGCUUUUGUCCUACGGGAACGAGAGCGGGUUAGUAGUUUCGACUAUAUCGCCAAAUCGUGUCUCCUAAACAUGGGGACCCCAGAGCUGUACGAGGCUGACCCAUACCAGCGUGUUCCCCGAAUCCCCAAGCGGACAGAAUCUUCCAAAGAGGAGGAACAACAACGCUGCAAGUCGCCUGCCUCUGACCAGGAUAUAAUCGAUGUCGGUGGCUCCACAUUUUAUUUCCAUCACGAGAGGACUGAGACGGACCCCUUGGCCAGGGAGGAGGCCAGGAGGUCAGUUUCUCGCAGUGACAGCAAGGGUAAAGGAGACUCAGAGAUGCUUAAGAAACUGUUGAGGAAGGAGAGUAAAGGAGUGGAUAAGAUCAAGGAUGAGAAGAGAAUGUCAGAUGGGAAGUCUGAAACAAAGGUGGAGUUUAUGAAGGUCCUGGGACGGAAGGAGAGUAGAGGGAUGGAGAGUGAGAAGGAAGAGAGAGAUGAGGGGGAGUUUCUUAUGGUGAAGAAGGCGAGCGAGGGCACCGGCCGGGCGGAGACGGAGGAAGAAGGUCUCGGCGACGACGGAGACGAGCCCUCGGUCGGCCUGGAGUUGAGAGUCGACCAACCGAGGUCGAGAUCCGUCACUCCCGAGCAUCAGUCCAGAGUCGAGUUUGACGACGGCAGGACGAACAACAACGAUUCUAAGCGACAUUCUCGCUUCAGGCUGAAGGAACAACUGACAAAGCUCGAUGCCAGGUUGAGGAAGGCGUUCUCCUCGGAACAGACCGCCGCCCUAGAGAACAAUUCAGACUUGUACGCGGAUGAAAUUGCCGUCAUCGGGCCCGACGGGGAGGUGAAGGAGAGAGAAAUGGAAGCUACGGCCGACGACAAAACCGAUGACUACGACGAUACUGAAGAGGCGGAGGAGGUGAGGGAGGACUACGAGGAAGGUGAAGAGAGGGACACCUUAGAUAAGAGGUCCGGCAUUCUCUCGGUGAGUCCCUGGAUAAGUCCCAGAGGAACCCCAAAGACCAGUCCCAGACCGACACCGAGCCCCAUAGACGAGGCCAAGAUCAUCCAACAAGAUCUCGGGGUGAUGGAACAAAACGCCGAGGAAGGAGCCGAUCGAAAAUCCGCUCUGGCACUCUUCGACAAGGACGGCAACCCAGUCCCUCCGCCGAGGCGUAAAGUACGACUGUCGGAGGCCAAACAGAAGAGCAGUAAGGGAUCCCUCAACAGCUACGACUCCAGCGUCUCCCAGGGCACCGCCGGACCUCCGUCGGAUUCACCCGUAGAGAAGGACGAGAGUUCCUCCGACCGCCGGAGACACUCUCACAAGGCCCAGGGUUCGGACGUCACCCCCGUUCAGACUCCCGGCCACCUCGUAGCCACGCCGGCCAACGUAACUAGUCCAAACAGCAAAGGAGCGUUCAAGACUUUUGUCAGCCACAUCACCAAGAGAGGGUCGUCACACGCACUGCAGGACAAGCUUGACGGAUCGUUCAGCCGUUCUCGAUCUUCCAGCAUAAGCAGCCUUGAGAAUAUUAGUAGCGAGGCGAUACAGUGUUUAGCGUUUGUCGACUCUUAUACCAGAAAAAAUGAUACCCAAACGGCACCAACUCUAUGGGUCGGCACUAGUUUAGGGUCGGUAAUACAAGUCAUGGUUUCAUUGCCAUCACAAGAAACUAGAGCAACUACACCUGCCACUGUUUCACCCAGCGGAACCAUUUUUAGGCUAAAGGGGUCAGUGCUGGCGAUGUCGUUCCUAGACUGCAAUGGCGACCUAAUCCCUUACCAGUAUGAGUCAUGGAAGGACGCUAACAGGGAAAGAAAAUUGGAACGAACGCCAACCAAAUCGCUCGUCGACAACAGAAUGUCUCCCACGAAUUCGGCAGAGCAGACGUGGGGAGACAGACAGUUCAUCGUCAUCGCGUCAGAAAAGGUGGCUAGGGUAGUGGCCUUGCCAUCGCAGAACUGUGUGUACAAACAGAUAAUCACGGAGGUGUCUUUUGUCGUCAAGUCAGAAAUUAUUCAGAUAAAAGACAGCGUGUGCUUGGUAUGCUAUGUGGCAACGGGACAUAUUUCUGUCUUUAGUUUGCCAAGUUUGCGUCAGCUGAUCUACGUCGACUUCCUGCCGCUGGUAGACUUAAGUUUUCAGACGAGGAAGACUGGUAUAGUUGAUCCUAUGCUGUCAAUUUGGGGUCAGCAAAUGUUCGUUAACGAGGACACUGAUCAAAUCGCGAGGACUUUUUGCUUCACGAAUUAUGGCCAUGGAAUGUACCUAUGUUCCCCCACUGAAAUACAGAAGUUUACAUUGGCUUGCAAGAUGCUCCAGGACCUGUUAGGGGAGCUGUUCCUCCCCUGCGACAUGCCUGAACCACCAAAACAAAGCUUCUUCAAGGGGCUGUUUGGUGGUGGAAUCUCUCAACUAGAUCGCGAGGAACUCUUUGGCGAAGCGUCCGGUAAGGGCUCUCGCAGCGUAGCCAAGCACUUGCCCGGCCCUACCUCCCAGCUUGAGGGUCUGAACGCUCGGGCCGGAACCAUAGCCGGCGACAUCUCCAGAACUCGCAUGUUGAUGGUCGAACGAGGAGAGAAGUUGGGCCAGUUGGACGAGAAAACGGAGAAGAUGAUGAACGAGGCGGAGGCGUUCUCUUCGGUGGCACAUCAGCUUAUGCUCAAGUACAAGGAUAAAAAAUGGUACCAGCUUUGAAUUGACUCGCAGUAUGAUAUUGGUGAUAAGAGAAACCAGAUAUAAAUAUUUCCUUAAUCUGACACUUGCCAGCUCUGUGAUACGAGGGUUCACUCGCCGGUAACGCUAUGAGGGGAGGCGUGGCAAAACGGCCUCUGUAAUCGGCGAGGCGAAUUGCUCUCUCGUAGGAUCCACUCGUCGAGAAAUGCCACGUAGAUCGCUGACGGUAUUUCUCCACUGCGGUAGUUAUCUCAAGAUUGGUCUUUGUGUGAGGAUCCUGAACAACCCUCCCCCUUGUUAUCUCACAGUUGUUGAUUGGUGUAUCAGAGGUCAACCGAGGUCAACCGAGGCCGUACCGUGUUAGGUGAAGAUAGCCGAGUUGUUAUGACUGGUAUGAUGAUCUUCUCUUAGGGAUAUAAUGUUAAUAAUGUUAUACCUUACUGUCGAGAGGUAGUCAGUGUCGUACUGUUUGUAAAUAAGUAAAAAAUGUACAGAGAACAGUGUAAGAAUGUGCAGUGAGAAGUUGUAGUUACUUGUAAAAUCCCAAGGUUUUUUUUUUUUUCUUCUUUUGUUUGUUUGAAGGUGUGACAACAUAGCCAAACCUGCAGCCUUGGAUAGAGUGUAAAAUGGCUGCACAAUAACAGUUGCACCUUGUGGUUGUGAGCUCUCUCUCUCUCUCUCUCAGCCAGUGGUCCAAACCAUUGCAGUAGAAAGCCUGACCUACCAAGCAAGGAUUCCACCAAUUUCUGUAGGAACCACUUCUAAGAUGUGGUUUAAAAAGAACUGUCGCCAGUAAAUUAAGUCAUUAAAAUUGACCCUAUUCCACCGUGUCGUUUGUUUAGUUCUCAAAUCCACCACUAAUGGCUUCAGGUAACUUAAACCCCUUUUACGAUUAAUCCGCGAAUCAUGCAGUACAGUUAUGGAGGUUUGUUUACGUCUUUACUCCCACAAUGAUCCCGGCUAACCAUCGUUACCCUCUACACCAAUAAGGUUACUAUAUACAGUAGUUCGAUUAGAUGAUUGGUUGAUUAUUAUUUUUAACAAUAUAAGGAUUUGGGAUAUUUUUUCCUAGUCUUGAUUCUUUCUUAAAGUUUGUUGAAGGCUUAGGUAGAAUUUCUUUCAUUAUUCUUCAUCUGGAAGUUAGUGCGGUUACCUCUCAUCACUAAGUCCUAGGUUCAAACACUCCAAGUCAGAUGUGAGAUGGGUGCGAACCAUCCCGAACCAUCCCGAACGUACACAGGCUCACCACACGACAGGUUAGAAAACAGACACAUGGUGAGGAGAGUAAAUUACAAAAACAAAAACCCCGGUUACCACUAAUGGCUGGAAAAGUAACGAGAUAACCAAGAGAAACGAAUAUUGUUUAGUUUUGAGAAUUUUGAAGAAUUAUAUAAACAUCUUAAAGAAAAAUUCUGUCAGGACUCUUCUUCCCAUCUCUGAACCCAGGGACUCAUCAACCUGUGACUCCGAGACAUAACACGGUAUUAACCCCAUAGGUGGUGCACCGGGUGAUGUCUCGGAUUCACUGGUUCAUGAGUCCCCUGGUUCAUGAGUCCCCUGGUUCAUGAGUCCUCGGGUUCAUGAGUCCCCGGGUUCAUGAGUCCCCUGGUUCAUGAGUCCCCUGGUUCAUGAGUCCCCUGGUUCAUAAAUUAGAGAGAUGACUGAUAUGGGUUUGUAUUGGUGGAUGUUUCUCAUGGUCAGGAUUCUAGAGGGUGGGGUAUCUCCUUACUAUAUCAGCCUCCCAGUAAUGGAAUUCCAAACUUGUUUUCACUGAUACGAUACUAAAAGAUUAAGUGAAUGUUGAAUGUUGUUUGAGAGGGAAUGUUAUGAUAGAACACAUCUUUUCCAGCAUUAAGUGAAUGUUGUGUGAGAGGGAACAUGAUCAAGGAGCACAUGAUGAUGAAUGGCCUUUAUAUUAUGGAGAAAAUAUCACUCCUCUUCACUCUGCCUACACCAUCAACAUCUCAAACACACAUGGAUUAAAAACGAUUCUUAUUUGUGCUUUUUUUUAAGUGGAGUGAAGAAUAAGGAAGGAAUUUUUUAUUUUCCGACAAGAUUUACAUUCCUGCGUUUUUUAUAUCCCGUGGGCGGCCUCUUAACAAAUUCAUUUAUCACCCAGACUCCCCCAGACAUACACAAACAAAAUGUCUUUAUAAAAUACAGUUUAUUUAGCCUGAAAUUACAGAUACAUAGUAAAUAAUAACAUGCACGACUGAAGCAAGUGGGAGUCGUGGUGAAAAAUGCGCAUACGGGUUAUGUAACGUGCCGAUGCAGGAUGAGUAACGGGGGUCUUGCUAGGAGGGAAUAGGAUCGACGAUGAAAGACCUUCCUCCAUCGUAACAAAAAUGGUACUGACUGCAUGAAGUGUGGGUGGAAGAAGACACAGAGGAAACCUGAACGACGACUCUGGCUGUAUGUCGCAGUCUGGGUACUCCGGCCGUGUGUUGCACUCCAGGGAUUAGUGCCCAAUUUUUUUUAUUUCACUUUAUUACAAAUCUAAAAUAUUCCUUCAAGGUUAAAAAAAACCAUUAAUAAUACAAAUGGAUUUAUGAUUAUAUACCAGAUUUUUAGUGUGGCCAUUGAGAACUAAGCGACUAAUCGACGCCUGUCUCUUUCAGAUUAGACGAAAGCGAAGCCCGACACCAACAAAAUAAUUUCUACAGAGGACAAAGAAUCCUUCCUUCGUAGGCUCACUGGCAUAUAUAUGUAAAUACCUAGGUCACUCUGUAUUAAAGCAUUAUAUCCGAAGUGACAUUUAUAGACAUACUGCGGUUUUUUUCCUGACCGGGCGCAUAGUUGUGGAAAAAAAAUUACCUUUAGCAAUCAGCUUCGUGUUAUGUAUUUGUGUUAGCAUUGUAUUAAUUUCAAAGUGCAGAUGUUAAUGUCAACUUUUAUAAUUAUGCCGACAGCAAUUCUUCCGUCGCAUUUGGGAACUGACCAAUCAGGUUUCUCCGUGAGUCAGGAGUCGAGCCGUAUAUAUAAAAAAGAAAACAAAAUCAAUGGGUAUAUGUUUAUCUAUUGUGACUUGGUUGUGUUUAACAGAGGUUUGUGUUAUAAUCAUCUCGGACUUAUAAGCUUUAAGGAGCUGUGUCCAUGUCUUUAAUAAAUAAACUCUAGGAUGAUACUAUUCACACACAUCACUAUUAACCCACAUUAAACCUUCUCUCUUUUCUUCUUUCUUCAAUUACUUUCUCCCAUUUUCGUUCCUUGUUAAGAUUUAAACAAAUAAUUUAUAUAUAGUAAUUCAUCUCUGUAUUUAAAUUGCGUUCUGUGA